UUCAGUGCUUGUGCUUUGAAAGUCCAUAUAGCAAUAUUAUGUAUCAUUUCUUACAAAAAAUAGAAAAUACAUAUUUCUGCUUAGAAUUUAUAAAGCUUUUAAAUUUUGGGUGGGGGAGGAAAACUUUCCACAGUUAUCAAGUUGGAAGGUAUUCAUAAAAAAGAUAUAAAUAAUUUCCUAAAGUUCAGUGUUGCUUGAGCUUAAAGUUGUUCCAUGGUGGCAGGGUUUUUAAUAUUUUCAAAAGGAAUCUGAGAGUUGUCAUAAUGAAAAAAGAAACAAAAAAAAUAAGGGGAAAAAAAAAACCCUACCACCACAUGUGAACAUAAAAAAGAAGAGAACCCCAACCAAUUGCACCACGACCGGAUGGAAGAGCCCAGCUGACACAACCAAGACGAGUCUCAGUGUCUAGGGAAGCUUAGGGUUCAGCUCCUUUUACUUCAGGCGAACCUGAACUCAGUUAAUGCAAUUUUGAAGCAUGCCCUGAAUAGAUUCAGUCAUUAUCAAGUCAAACUAAAAACGGUGAAAGGUUGCGACUAUUACCAAAUAGAUUAGAGCUGAGGCAAAUGGUUUCAGGAUAUGUGCUUUGUGCUAACAGCUUUCUGGAGACAUCCUGAUUAUGGCUAUCGGGUCUAGAAGAAAAAUCUGAAGACAUGAGAACUACACAUGAGGAAUAUGUCAUUUAGAACUUUCACUUUUUGAUCUCCACAGAAGACAAUGAGAAGUCACACCAUAACAAUGACGACAACUUCAGUCAGCAGCUGGCCUUACUCCUCCCACAGAAUGCGCUUUAUAACCAGUCAUAGCGACCAACCGCCACAAAACUUCUCAGGAACACCAAAUGUUACUACCUGUCCCAUGGAUGAAAAAUUACUAUCUACUGUGUUAACAACAUCUUACUCUGUUAUUUUCAUUGUGGGACUGGUUGGGAACAUAAUCGCCCUCUAUGUAUUUCUGGGUAUUCACCGCAAAAGAAAUUCCAUUCAAAUUUAUCUACUUAAUGUAGUCAUUGCAGACCUCCUACUCAUCUUCUGCCUCCCUUUCCGAAUAAUGUAUCACAUUAACCAAAACAAGUGGACACUAGGUGUGAUUCUGUGCAAGGUUGUGGGAACACUAUUUUAUAUGAACAUGUACAUUAGCAUUAUUUUGCUUGGAUUCAUCAGUUUGGAUCGCUAUAUAAAAAUUAAUCGGUCUAUACAGCAACGGAAGGCAAUAACAACCAAACAAAGUAUUUAUGUCUGUUGUAUAGUAUGGAUGCUUGCUCUUGGUGGAUUCCUAACUAUGAUUAUUUUAACACUUAAGAAAGGGGGGCAUAAUUCCACAAUGUGUUUCCAUUAUAGAGAUAAGCAUAAUGCAAAAGGAGAAGCCAUUUUUAACUUCAUUCUUGUGGUAAUGUUCUGGCUAAUUUUCUUACUAAUAAUCCUUUCAUAUAUUAAGAUUGGGAAGAAUCUAUUGAGGAUUUCUAAAAGGAGGUCAAAAUUUCCUAAUUCUGGUAAAUAUGCCACUACAGCCCGGAACUCCUUUAUUGUACUUAUUAUUUUUACUAUAUGUUUUGUUCCCUAUCAUGCCUUUCGAUUCAUCUACAUUUCUUCACAGCUAAAUGUAUCGUCUUGCUACUGGAAAGAAAUUGUUCACAAAACCAAUGAGAUCAUGCUGGUUCUCUCAUCUUUCAAUAGUUGCUUAGAUCCAGUCAUGUAUUUCCUGAUGUCUAGUAACAUUCGCAAAAUAAUGUGCCAACUUCUUUUUAGACGAUUUCAAGGUGAACCAAGUAGGAGUGAAAGCACUUCGGAAUUUAAACCAGGAUACUCCCUGCAUGAUACAUCUGUGGCAGCCAAAAUACAGUCUAGUUCUAAAAGUACUUGAGGUAAACAUACUAAAAUGAAUUAUAUAAUACAGCCUUUUAAUUCUUUGAAGAACUAAAAAAAUUAGGAAACAAAGUUCUAGCAUUUACAAAAGUCAGAUCUCAAAGCUGUGCUUGUAACUGUGAUAUUUCAUUUGCUUAACUGUAAAUCAUUUCAAGGUACUAUCUUUUAAAUCUCUAUGUAAAGUCUUUUCAAAAUACAUUUUUAAGCUAAUACUCUUAACAUAGAUUAUGAAGUUAGUGAAAUUUAUGACUUUAACAGCAAAAUAAUUAAAGUGCCAUUGUUUCUCAUGUCACUAAAGUAGUUAUUAAAAUCAAGCACUUGAUACUAAUUUAAAGUGUGUUUAAAAGUAAAUGAUUUGGGAACUGACAAUGUGUCAGAAAAUAUAUGUUCAUUUAUCAUUUUAAAAUCUUGUAUAAUUUGCCACUGUGUUCAUUUAUGCCUAAAUCUCUAUAAUAGAUGAGAAGAUAAUUAAUAAAAUCCUAAUUAAAAAAUGAGA